GUGGUCCCCUUUUUUACGACCUUUGGACCGGCAAAAUCCCCGAUUCGCUUAACCACCCGGUUACGAACUUAUCCCCUGCAGCCAUCCGCUUCCCGACCGUGACAAAAAAGGUCGUAAAAUUGAGGCGAAAUGCAUGCCUCCCUUUAAAACAACAGACAUUUCGGACUCCAUCGGGGUCGUACGUCGAGGACUACGCACCUCUGAAAAAGAUCGUGCAGGAAUUCAGAGAAUUUGAUUUUAAUCUGAAUUCUUUUUGCGGCCGAGGUUUCCCGGUCUAGACCUUGGGAAUAAUUCACCUCAGGAUGUUGUUGUAUGAGAAAAACAACCUCAAAAUCUUACAAGAAAAUAGAAAAAUACGACGCCGAAUGGCUGGAUUAUAUUGCUUUUUAGGUGAGGGGGACGCGCAGGUGUCCGCUGAUGGACAGUUCGAUUAAGAGCAAUUUUAGCAAUCACCAGCCGGCGAGCCGCUUAGUGACAGGGGAAACAAUCAGCCGUAGCGACGGGAAUCGCUUUUGAAUACAACUUGCAUUAUCGGGCGAACAGGGAAACCGAGGCAGGAAAAAGGACCCCCCCACCCCAAUUUUCAAAAUGACGCGCCGCCCCUUUCACCGUCAUCUAAAAAUUCGCCUCUGAAAGCGAAGUACGACGAGGGGGGAAAAAAACCCCGCAGAGUAAUCAGUUGUACGCCGGUUAGGUCGAAAAAGUCAAAAUGGAGGCCGCAACGCUGAGGGAGACUGGUUUUUUGCUGCUGUGUCGUUUUGGGGUUGGUUUUUGUUUUUGGACGGUAAUCUUUUAAGGUUAAAAAUGGAAAGAAUUUUAGCUCUGCAGGCAAUCCUUGACUUACGGUUCGUUUAGUGGCUGUUUGAAGUUACGACGGCACUGGAGAAAGGAAAUGACGACCGUUUUUCACGCUUAACAACCCUUGCACUUGGACGUUUGGCAACUAGUUCAGAUUUAUGACGGUCGCCGUGGCCCGGGAUCGUGUGUUCCCCUUCUGCGACCUUCUGACAAGCAAAGUCAACGAAGAAGUGAGAUUCACUUAACGACCGGGUUACUAACCCGUCCCAGGAGAAACUGGGACUGUCAUGGAGGGCCGAACCGAAUUCUGCUCCAUAUUAAUUUUAUAACUUUAUAAAAAGCAGUAAAUUAAAGGUAGCUCUCUAUCGACAGCCACAAUUGAGUCCCAAAUUUCUGUCGCUCUGUGAGACAGUUAUUAAGAGAGUUUUCCCUGGUUUACGACCUUUGUUACCAAAGUUGUUAAGUAAAUCAUUGCAGUUGAUAAGAUAGUAAUCACAAGACCCCAGGAUGCUGCGUCCGUCAUAAAAAUGAGUCUGUUGUUAAGCAUUUGAAUUUUGAUCACGUGACCAAGGAGAUGUAGCAACGGCCGUAAGUGUGGAAAACGGUCGUAAGUCCCUUUUCACUGCCUCUAUAAUUUUGAACUGUCACUAAAUGAACUGUUGUAAGUCGAGGACUGCCUGUACUGGAAAAUCCAUCGCUAAGCAAGGCAGUCGUGUUGUGAGCUGUGUCUUAUUUUACAACCUUGCCACCGUUGUUAAGCGAACCACUGCCGUUGUUAAGUGAGUCACACGGUCGUUGAGUGAAUCCGGCUUCCCCCUUGACUUGGCUUGUCUGAAGGUCGCAAAUGGGGAUCCGUGCAACUCCGGGACGCUGCGACCGUCGUAAGGGUCAGUCAGUUGCCACGCGUCUGAAUUCGAAACAUGUGACUAUGGGGAGGUUACCACGGUCGUAAGAUGGAAAAACGGUCACAAGUCACAUUUUAAACUGCCGUCGUAACUUCGAACGGUCACUAAGCGAACUGCCGUAAGUCGAGGACUACCUGUAGAGCUAAGGAAUCGUGCGUGUGGGAGAAAAUACACAGGUCUGAAUUUACCUGAGGGACGAUCAGAAAAUAUAUUGUGUGGCACUCGCACCUGUACAACAGUGGGACUAACCCCAUCUUAUCAGUUGACAACGGGUGGUUAAAUUUGCAUUGCAAAUCAAAAAUUUCCAUGAGGAACAGCUUUUCCCCAUCGUCCUCGACGUACGACCGCAACUGCUACCAGAAAGACCAUUGUUAAGAUACAGAGUUGGGACGUGAGCUGUGUCUAAUUUUACAAAUUGCCGCGGUUGUUAAGCGAAUCUGGCUUCCCCGUUGACUUUGCUUGUGAGAAGGGAUCACGGCGACCGUCGUAAAUAGAAGUCGGUUGCCAAGCGCCUGAAUUUUUGAUCAUGUGACCUUGGGGGGUGUGUGUGUGGAAAUGCUGCAACGGUCGUAAGUGUGAAAAACGGCCCCUCUGUCCCUGUUUUCAGUGCCGUUGUAACCUUGGAUGGUCAUGAAACGAAUGGUUGUAAGUCCAAGGAUUGUCUAUAAUCUUUCCUCACAUUCCUGCAAUCUGUGGACAGAUUGCAAACCACGUCAGCCAGAACGCUGUGUGUGUAUUAGUGGGACCAGUUUGCCCACUCGUGGUAAGGUGGGAUUCACACGUGUUUUGUCUUCUCUUUGUUUUUCCUGCAGGGUCUCGGCUCCUGUGCUGAGAUGAUCCCUCCGUGCUCCUCCCGCCUGCACCGCCAUGGAUGCUCCCUCUAACUCCUCCUCCUCCUCCUCUUCCUCCUCCCACUCCUCCGCUGCUGUUCCCCCGGCAGACGGACAUGAUGACCGGGCUACUGUUUGGCCUGCUCAGGGCUCUCCUGCCUUGCCACCCACCAAAGAACCCCCCUUCUGGGACCCUUCCUCUUCCCCCUCGCCCCGUCCUGAUGACGUCAUGAGACCCUGUGCCAGCGCCCAAGCCGCCGCGCUCGGCUUGGCCAAGUUCCCCGCCGCCAUCUCGUCUACCCCACAGCUCCAAGCGGACCCCAGCUCGUCCUUGCCAAAUCUGCCCACUUUCCCUCUAGGCCCGCCGCUGGCCGAAGAUGGGGUCCAGCCAGAAGAACAAAGAGACGAGGAUGAUGGGCGCGAGGCCCGGCUCUUCUUUGCCGCCGACGGUUCAGCGUACCUCCUCGCUAGCGGCCACGUUCUCUUACCAAAGGGCUCCCCCAUCACCGCCACUCCUCAAGUGUCCAUUCUCCACAUCCAGGACAGUGGAGGUCCUAACCAAGGCUUUAUGUCUGUUGACCAAAUGUCCCAGAAUACCUCAGCGCCAGGCGAGGUGACCCCUCAAGGCGCCUUCUACAGUUACCGACUGGCCGGGGCCCCAGCUCAAAGUACGCCUGCCAAAAACGCUGCCGCCAAAUCCAAAGAUGCCCCCACCGCCCCCGUGGAGAAUGAGGACACCACCUGUGGCCGAGAAAAGGUGAUGCCCGUGGGUCCUGUGUGGCUUUGCCUGAUGUGCCGCCUCUCGUUCACCCAGGGCCGCACUUUGGCAUCUCAUGCCCUUACUGUGCACGGCAUCCAGCUCAGCAACAAGAAACGCCAGGCCUUGGAUGGAGGGGCUUCGGCUGUGUUCCAGGGCACCGACCUGGGCUUCCUAGAACCAAAUAACCCCACCACCGAGGCAGACCUCAAUGCCAGAAUGUGUAGCAGAUGGGUGAAUGUAAAAGAGGAGGAGGAGGAAGAGGAGGAAAACGAGAACGAGAAGAGAAGCCCAGAAAGACGAUGCGAGCCAUCAGAUACCAAAGAUUCAAGGGUCGGCGGCACGCACUGGGCAAAUGACUCCAUGGAAAAGAAACCAGAAGAGGAGAAGGAGGAGGAGGAGGAGGAGGAGGAGGAAGAGGUGGCAGAAGUGGAUGAAAAGAAGAAAGAGAAGGAACUGCUUCCAGACCAAAGUUCAUUGGAUACAUCAAGCACACCCUUGGCUGCUAACACCCCUCUCUCAGAGACACCACUGACCAAACCCCCAAAUUCUGACCACAUGGGACUACCCCAGGAAGAUGUCAACAAGGAGAGGACCACCAACAAGAUCCUGAAGGAAAGACUGAUGCAUGAGGUCCCUUGUGUGGACCUAGCGGCCGAAAUCAGCAGGCCCGAGUCCGUUCCCAAAGCUGACAGUGUUCCCGAUGAUAUGAACCAGACGGGUGUCGAGCCGGCGCGCGACAUCAGCGCCACUGACUUGGUGGACAGCCUGAGCAGUGUAGGGUUGGCCAACGAAGUGAUGACAGCCGGGUUUGAGGUCAACAACGGACUCGGGAGCAACAGCCACAAUGGCGGAGGAGGACCCUCGCUUAGCUUCGGGGAAGAUUUUACGGCGAUGGCGUACUCUGGAUUGACUUUGUCGGGCCAUAUGUCGCUGCUGCACUCGCGCAACUCCUGCAAGACGCUCAAAUGCCCCAAAUGCAACUGGCAUUAUAAGUACCAGCAGACCCUGGACGUCCACAUGAAGGAGAAACAUCCAGAGAACAACAGCCACUGCGCCUACUGUAGCACAGGCGGCCCCCACCCGCGCCUGGCUCGCGGCGAGAGCUACAACUGCGGUUACAAACCCUAUCGCUGUGAGGCCUGCAAUUACUCCACCACUACUAAGGGCAACCUGAGUAUCCACAUGCAGUCCGAUAAACACCUGGCCAAUCUACAGGGCUACCAAGCCACGGGAGGCAGUGGGCCGCCGGUGGCUCCUCCGGUGGUGCCUUCCCCGUCUUCCCCCGAGGAGAAGGAAUCGAAGGGCAAGUCAUCCUGGCAAUGCAAAGUGUGCAAUUACGAGACCAACAUCUCCCGUAACUUACGGAUCCACAUGACGUCUGAGAAGCACAUGCAGAACAUGCUGUUGCUCCAUCAAGGGCUGCCAUUGACUUUGCCGGGACUUCUGGGACAACCUCAGACCCCUCCAGGAGGCAAGGCUCAGCCCGAGCUCUUCUCAUUCUAUGGGGCACAGGCUCUAGGCCACGGCCACCACUCACAUCCCCACCAGGUCCACGCAGGGAGCAACCCACCUCUGCGGGCAGACAAGCCCAUGGAACAACCUCAACUCUUGCUCAACGGAGGCUUCCAACAUCUGAGCGCGGCAGGGCGGAAGAUGGCCACCUUGGGGGCAGCCCCUGCCUCUCUCUCUCCUGAACCCGCUCCCCCCUCCUCGCCACCAGCCCCAUUUGGACCCGACCUGCUGGCCCCCCAGAGGUUGUUCAGCUGUCUGGUGUGCCAAGUCUUCAGCACCGACAGCUUGGAUAGCCUCCUCCGGCAUGCCUCUACCCCGCGCUCCCUCCCGGAGUUGGAAUGGAAAGAAAUCUCCGGCGACCUGCACCGUUGUCGGCUCUGCGCUUACGGCACCCAACUGAAAGCCAACUUCCAGCUUCACCUGAAGACCGACAAGCACGCCUUGAAAUACCAGCUGGCCGCUCAUCUGCGGGAAGGGGGCAGCUUGGCCGCACACCUGGGGGUGGAGCUGCCCCUAGGACCGCCCCUACAUCUUCAUUGCAACCUGUGUGAAUACGAGACCAACAGCAAGGAAAAAAUCCAGCUUCACGUUGCCGGCACCGGCCACCAGGAAGCAUUGCAAGGUUAUAAGUUGCUUCUGGAAAUGGAGACCACCUCGGCACCCCUGUCCGCCUCCGAACCCGCGCAGUUCCGCUGCCUCCUGUGUCACGUCGAUUCGCCCAACCGCCUGGCCAUGAUCCAGCACCUCCGCUCGCCCCACCACCGCGAGGCUCAUGGCCAGUGGCGCCUCCAGCUACUCCAGAACGGCGAAGGCACUUUGGGCCUCGAACGAUACGUCUGCUUUGCGCCCGCCAACACCGCAGGGAAGGAACCUCUUCCGGAUAGUUUAACACCUGAAAAAGAAAAGCAGAACAAAACACGGAUCGCGGCUUCCGAUGAGACCGAAGCAGCGGCUCCUGGCAACGUGGGCGACACGACGGUCUCCUGCUGUCCCUACUGCAACUACGUCGACCCGUCGGCCGAAGCCGUGCGGGCGCACACCAUCUCCCAGCAUGCCGUGCAACCCAAGUUCCACUGCCCGCUGUGCCAGGAGCAGCUGGUCGGCCGAGCCAACCUCCACUUCCAUCUCAGCCACGUUCACAACGUGGUGCCCGAAUGCGUGGAGAAGCUGCUGCUGGUGGCCACGACGGUUGAAAUGACUUUCGCCACCAAGGUUGUUCCCGGAGUCCCUCUUCCUCCUGACCCGCCCAAAGCAGGUGGCACCCUCGGCGUAGAGCAAGGGGUCAGACCGGAGGCCCUGAGCCCCUUUAUUGCACCAGCCGUAGAGGAGAAAGCCUCGCCGCCACCGAUACUUUCCCCUGAAACGCCCCCACCGCCUGUCGCUGCCUCCCCACCUCCUAAGGAGCAGCCGGAAAAGCCACUUCCUGCUUCUCCACCCCCUCCUCCUCCUCCUCCCCCUCCCGCCGUCACGCCUCAAGAGCCGGAAGAGGAGGAGCCUUUGCAUCUGAACGUCACCCCCGAAGAACAGCAGCCCCCAGCGCCUGUCCUGGCGGAACCCCCCGAGUCCUCGCCACCCGUCCUGCUUAAUCCGGAUUCCCGCCACCCGCUGUCCUACCGCAAGGCCACCAAUUUCGCCCUGGACAAAUUCUUGGAUCCCGCCCGUCCCUAUAAAUGCACCGUUUGCAAAGAGUCCUUCACACAGAAGAACAUCCUGCUGGUACAUUACAACUCGGUGUCUCACCUCCACAAGAUGAAAAAGGCCUCGGCGGACCCGUCGGUAUCCUCUCGGGGUGAAUCCGGCGCUCCCGGGGCUCUCCAGCCCUCUUCCGACAAACCUUACAAGUGUACCACCUGCCGGGUCUCUUACAACCAGAGCUCCACCUUGGAGAUCCACAUGCGCUCCGUGUUGCACCAGACUCGGUCCCGUGUGGCCAAGAUGGAAGCCGUGGGCAAGGCGGACGUGUCCCCUGCUGAACUGGAGCCCUCCAACGAGACCUCUCUGGAAACCGAAACCCCCAGCUGCGUCCAGGUGCCCGCCCUCCCGUUUCUCACUCCACCCGCGGCAGAACUGCCCCGCUUCCCUACGCCCCUUUUCACCCCACCGCUGCUGCCCCCGUUUCCUCUGGUGCCGGAAUCCCUUCUGAAACUACAGCAGCAACAACAACAGCUGCUGCUCCCGUUUUACUUACAUGAUCUGAAGGUGGCCCCCAAGUUGGCUUUAGCCACGCCAACCCUGACCCUCCCCACCCCGUCGCCUGUCCUGCUUCCCACCCUGCCCCCCAAAGAAGAACCGGCCCCCACGGCUGCCGUGAGUAGCUCCAAGGCAGAGGCAGCCGAAGAGGCCGAAGGGGAAGAAGUAGAGGGAAGUCAAGCAGGGAAUGAGGUUUCUCGCACAGCAGCCAAAGCCCUCCUGGAGAAUUUCGGCUUCGAGUUAGUGAUCCAGUACAACGAGGGCAAACAAGCUGCCACCGUGCCCCCUACCGUGCCCCUGCGUCCCCCCGUGGGCAAGCUGCAAUGCGGCACUUGUGGGAAACAGUUCUCUAACAUGCUCAUCCUGAAAACCCACGAGGAGCACGUCCACCGGCGGUUCCUCCCCUUUGAGGCGCUCAAUCGCUAUGCCGCGCAGUUCCGGAAGAGUUAUGACAGCAUGUAUCCUCCUCCUCCUCCGCCUGUGCUCCCAAUCGAGACAACUGUGGUCACCACUACUCCGGUGGCAGCAGUUUCAACCGUCACCACCGCUGUCAUGGAGAAUACCACCGUCACUGUGACGCAAUCUUCUAUACCGCUGGAGAUCCCCUCUCUCUGUCCUCCGUUUUUGAUGCAACCCUUGCCGGUAGUCGUGCCCCCACCAGAAAAUGAGACUCCCUGUGUACCUCCUGAAUGCCUGAAGUCUCUCUGGUUUCGAGGGGAGGAAGAAGAAGGCAAGAGUGCAUCGUUGGGAGUCCUGGAUCUUGCCCGCGGGAGCUUCCCUUCAACCCGGCGUUUCUCUCGUACCAAAUUCACUGAAUUCCAGUCUCAGGCUCUGCAGUCCUUCUUUGAGUCGAGCGCUUAUCCCAAAGAUGGCGAGGUGGAGCGUCUGUCUGCCCUUUUGAGCUUGCCCAAUCGGGUAAUCGUGGUCUGGUUCCAAAAUGCGCGCCAGAAAGCCCGAAAGAGUGGCGGGAACGAAGCGAGCAUGGGCAACUGUGGAAACGCCGCCGCGCAGCCGUCUUGUAAAAAAUGUCGGACGGCAUUCCGCUGCAUCUUCGAGCUGGUGCGCCACCUGAAGAAGUGUUACAAUGAUCAGCUGGACGAGGGGGAAGGAGACGAGGACGAGAACGAAGGGCCUGAGGAGGAGGAGCAAGAGGAGGAAGAGGAAGCGGAAGAGAAACGAGAAAUCUUGGGACUUGGUGGGGAUACGAAGACAGACGGUGCUGGAGACAAACCUGUGGAAGAAGAGCAGCCUGUCCCUUCUGUACCCCCAGACAUCUCCAAGAACCAUCCCUGUGAUCAGUGCACCGCCGUAUUCUCAAGCAGCGACCUCCUCAAUAUCCACCGCAUUAGUCACCUGCCAGCAGCUGGACCUCCCUCUGCUUCGACGGGCCCUCAACCUCCUCUCGACGUGACUUCCUUAGCAUUUGGCGACCGUCUGGUCCAACCUGAUCCUUCCCGUGCACAGAAGCGAAAACACGAAGAUGGGACUUUGUCUCCCACUGGAAGUGAAACGGCCAGUGUUGCCGGGGCAGAUAACGAACCCCCCCGGGACAAGCGUCUGCGGACCACCAUUUUGCCCGAGCAGCUGGAGAUUCUCUACCGCUGGUACAUGCAAGAUUCGAACCCCACCCGGAAAAUGCUCGACUGCAUCUCAGAAGAAGUUGGGUUGAAAAAGAGAGUCGUCCAGGUGUGGUUCCAGAACACAAGAGCCCGCGAGCGAAAGGGCCAGUUUCGGUGUAAUACCAGUGCCACCACCCCAACCAGCAAGCCCCCACCAGCACAACUGAACGCUUUCCCAAAGUUUAACCCUCAACCACGGGACACCCCUAUUCAUUAUGGGUCCUUCACACCCAACCUCUCUGUGAUUAACCUCCAGCCUCUUCUAACUAAGCCAGAUGUUGUCACGGAACCGCAGAUCCAGGAAGAAAUGGCCGAAGAAGAAUUAUCCAAGGACCACGAAGACCGAAGCUUGUCUGGAGGGGAGCUGAGCGAUUCUUCCUCCUCUUCUUCCUCGGCUGACCUGGACUUUUCCGGCGGCCAGAGGAAUCAAAUGAUGGAUGGAGGUUCUGGAGAGUAUCACGAUUCCCUGGGGCAGAGACGGUAUCGUACCCAGAUGUCCAGCGUCCAGCUGAAGAUCAUGAAGGCGUGUUACGAGGUCUACCGUACUCCGACCAUGCAGGAGUGCGAGGUGCUGGGGGAGGAGAUCGGACUCCCCAAACGGGUGAUUCAGGUGUGGUUUCAGAAUGCGCGGGCGAAAGAGAAAAAGGCCAAGGCUGCCUCCGGCGGGACCAGUGGCGGUGAUGAGGCCCCCUCCACUGCUCAGGCUCAAUCUGAAUGCCGCUACUGUGAAGUCAAGUACGAUUUCUACGUCUCUUGUCGCGGUCACCUCUUUUCUCGCGGCCACCUAGCUCGGCUAAAGGAGGCCAUCAGAUCCCAGCUCAAGAGCGAGAGCAAGUGCUACGAGCUGGUGUCGGACAAAGGAGCACCUUCCCCAACCAGGCUGGGCGUGCCGGUGACUCCUACAGCCAUGUCAUCUUCUCUUGGGACCAAGCCCCCUUUUGUGCCAGGCACGCCUGCUUCCUCUGUGGGAAUCCUGAGCUCCCCUUUGGCCACCUCUCAGCCAGGUCUCUCCUUACCUCAGCAUCUGCCACCGGAAUCUGGCCAGGUCGGCCCCUUAACUGAGCCUGCUCCUGUUCCUGCUUCCGAGACCACGCCCAGUGACAGUCAGGCCGAACCGACUUCAAAUCCAACCCAGGAACCCUCCUUGUCCUCUACCGCCACGCUGAAGAACCUCAAGACGUUGAAGGCUGCGGUGCCGGCCCUGCUGGGAGGCCAGUUCUUGCCCUUCCCGUUGCCAGCAGCGGCUACUGCAGCCGCAGCCGCCCCCUCUCUUUUCGGAGCGCAACUGCCCGGGGCGUAUUUUCAGCAGCUCUACGGCAUGAAGAAGGGGCUGUUCCCCAUGAACCCCGUCAUACCUCAGACACUUAUGGGGCUGCUGCCCAGCCCCUUGCUCCCGUCACCCACACCUGAACCUCCCGUCGAGGUGUCCGAGGCCCCCGGCAUCUCUACAGUUGACGUGACCCACCAGUACCUUUGUCGCCAGUGCAAGGCCGCUUUCGAGAGCGAGGGGGCAGCCGUCGCCCAUCAAGCCGCGCUCUGCUACUUUGGGCGCCAGGCGCCAGCGGCGCCACCUCCACUGCGUGUGCCCGUGUGCACCUACCACUGCUUGGCCUGCGAGGUGCUCGUGAGCGGCCGGGAGGCGCUGGGAGCCCACCUGCGCUCCAGCGCUCACCGGCGCAAGGCCAGCUCCACCACAGCAACCGCAUCGGUGUUUGCCAAAGAGGAAUCCAAAUUACCUCACUCGGACUCCAAUCCAAAAAGUAACGCUACCUCUACGACACUACUAGCUUUAUAGAGAUGGAUGCUGUACUGCCAUCAAUGGAGACAGAUUGACUAGCGAAUGAACCUGUGGGUGGGUGGACGCCCCCCCGCGAGGACCACCCCUCUGCUUCCACCCAACAGUCCUUCAAGGUCCAUUUCAGACCCAGGUCCCCCCCAUUUCUCACCGCCAGCCAGGAAGCUUUCUCGAGAAGGGGUUCCCUCGUGUCCCCUCCCCAGGUUGACUUCAAAGGGCCCGAGUCCCCACCCCAAUUUUUAUUCCAAAUGUCACUCUGCUUCCACAGGAUGACCAGAGGUUGAGCCAAACACAACCCAUCCAUUGGGGAAGCCUUGGUCCUUACUAAGCAUCACCUUCUCUACCCAACUCAACACUGGCUGAUGCAGAUGUUCUCCUACUAGCUUUUCUACACACUGAACUGUUCUGUCCUUCCUCCCAUUCAGGCAUCUCCCUAAGGACCCACUGAUGCUAAUUCCCUACCUUCCCCCUCCCCCUCUCCCAGAUCACGAGAUCCUGUGGCCAGAUCCAAUGAGAUUGGCAGCUCAGGACCUCCUCCAGAGUCCCUACCCACCUAUUUCUGUAUUCCUGAGUCUUCCGCCUCCUGUGCUGCCAACGGGUCCCUCUAUGUACGUCUUCAACCACAUUCCCAAACAUCUCAAGAAGAUGCCUCCUAAAUUUUAACGUCUUCUGAUGAUGCUCCCCCCACCACUUUUAUAAUAUCAAAAUUAUGUCACCCCUCUUCACAUUGGUGUUCCAAAAUUCUUCACCCACGUGUCCCGUUAACUCCUUGUUCCUCCUACCGCAAACCUUCCCUCGACCCAUCUGCGCUACCAUCUAUCUGAUCUCUUCCACUCACCCCGUUGAAGACACUUGCUGGCCAAUCUUGAUGUCCAUCCUACACUCAAAAGUCUCCUCUCUCACACUUACACACACACUUACACACCUAUACAUCCUCCCCUCCACCUUUCCCACAAAAGCUCCUUCUCUUCACACUUAACCUUCCACUCUUUGUACUGUGUUUCCGACUGAAAAAAAAAAAGAGGCCAAAAACGAAAACAAGCAAAGAAAGAAUGGACAAGAAAAAUAAUAAUAAAAAGAUAAACUGGAGGAGAUGAAAUUUAAGACGGGGGAAGGAUUAAACGUGAGAAAUCCCGUCUCCCGACACCAACCAACACCAAUCCUCAAAAAAAACAAAAAAAAACAAAGCAUGUGCUAACCAUUUUUUGUAUAUUAAGAACUGUCAAGGACGGAUGGACAAAUUCCUGAACUGUUGAUGGAUUUGAUUAGCAACCAAACAGGGCAAGAG